CUUACAUUGCUAAACCUUGAACGAUCGAGAACCCUUUUUUUCUCAACGUAAACCUCACAGCGACGCUUUUGUGAACGAUCAAACGCUUUCAGCAUCCACUGCGAGCUCCGCUACUCCGCUACUCCUCGAACGCUCUUCAACCUCGACACAACUUCGCGACUUGAUCAGAUCGACUGCAAGACUGCGACCCAGAACCUCAGCCAUCAUGGCGAUCGCACGCCAUGGCUCGCCGUCAUUCAUGAACGAACCGUCGCCCUCACCACAACCGCACCACCAACCGCUCACGAAGCGCGAUGUCCGCCGAAAUCGCAUCAUGGAACGACUCCAGGGCAUGAUCAGCUCGUUUUCGGCAAAUCAAAACCAGCACUACCGUGCUCAAUUACAAGGCGUACAGGUCGACAUGACCAUGGUCCUGCGGGCUGAUCCAUACACUGCAGAGGGGGUGCUAGAAGACAGCCACGAAGACAUUCGUGCGCUGGUGGAGGACAUUAUGAAAGGCGACGUGAAUGGAAUUGGUGGAGUCAAUCUUCCUGCCGAUGAGGCCUCAAAAAAUGAUUACUGGAGUCUGGCAGGCAGGCGGUAUACAGAGUUCGUUCGCGAGGUCAACGCAGCUGUAGAGGAGCGAGAUGCAGACUUGACGGCAUUGCAUAAUGGAUACGAAACCUCGCUCGCUGAACUCGAACGACUGUAUCAACAACGCCUCCAUCAAGCCGAAGAAGAGCACAAAGCCCUCUCACAAACCAUUCGAGCACGCCUGAUAUCAUCCCUCAACAAGAAGCGAGGCCAACUUCUGCGCGACAAGGAACAACUCGACAUCGCAGACAGCAAUGCUAUGCUUCUCCAUCCAAACCAUUUCAGCAUUGGAAACAAUCCUGGUUCACCAGGUCACAACGGCACAGCGGUCAACAAGCGGACACGACAUUUGCGGCACCAUCGCGGUGGCAGUCCAGGACCAGUCGUAGAAGCUGGAGAGAAUGGGAAAAAGAAGCGCAAACUGAAUCCUGCCGACGACGAGCAGGCCGGAAACGAAUCACCAAUGGCAGCGCUCGCUGGUGGAAGAAGUCCAUUUAAGAACGCAAGGGUUCAACGAGAAUACACACAAUUCGAGGCACCGGCGUACAGUCUGGACAACUUAUUCACGGAGAAAGAGCUUGCGAUGGCUACGGACACGGCUAAGGUGGCUACCUACAAGUACUUCCACCAACCACAACAGGUGCAAGAUCAAGCUUCGAAUACAAACGGGACUGCAGUGCCCUCGGUCGAUGGCGAGGUGAUUGAAUCCGCAGAGCUGUCCGUGGACCAGGAGAUGGCGGACGGUACGACGGCCGGAUCACCACCACCUGCUGCACCCGACAUGGAACGAACCGCGUCCCACCAAGUGCUGACACGAGGUGGUGCUCGUGCCAAUCCACUUGCCGCACUCUCCGAUCUUGCAAAUGCGGCAGCUGCAGCAUCUUCUUCCGCACCUGUCAUUCGAGAGAACCCUUUCACUCCUGUCGCGCCGCCGUUCCAUGCUGUCACUAGAAGCGAGAAGUCCGGUGCUCCGGCGCCUCCAGCGGUCAACAGUCUUGACAUGGAGAACGACUUCGAGAUGAUGCGACGUGCAGGUGCCGACUUUUCCGGUCAAGCAGAGGAAGACGCAGAAUCGAGCUCAAUGGUGGCUGAGGAGGCUCGCGAAAUGCGCAAACAACUUCUGGACCAGGCAUUGGGAAUCUCUGGCGUACAGGCACCGUAUCGCUUACCGCAGCUGGAGACCGGACCAGGAGCAUUGAUCGACAAGCGUGGUGUAGACCGCGAGGCUAGGACUGGCUUCGCACCGCUCCUACCAGUCGUUGCGCAGAUCGAGUCGAGACUGAAAGCUACGAAUACACUAGGUCUGCCUGGGAGCAGCAUGACCGCGGCGCUUAAUGGGCGACUGUUGGCGGGUGCUGAGCCCAUGAGCAGGACUACAAGCGCAGGCGGCAUCAGUGAGAUUGGGGAGCCUGCUGGUCCUGGCAAGCGUGGUGGAAGAGGAAAGCUGGUCUGA